GUUUCCCUAGCAGUUUCGUCAACAUUAUUUUCUGUGAUCAGCAGCCAGCUGGAUUCAUCCUCCUAUUACCAGACCACCCCCAACGCGUUUAUUUUGCAAGUGUAUUGCGUCUUUCAAUUCUCGAUAAUGCCGCCGUUAAAAGCUAGGCCGUCCAGAUUUGUUUGGUGGGUUUGCUAGCCGCUAAUGCUAGCCCGUGUUAACUAAUCCGACGUGUAGUCCCACAGGCAAAUCUUCUGGACUGUAGCGACAAUUUACGCGAAAGGACCGCGUUGUACAGUUGUCAACUCCGCCAUCGACAUCUAAAUACCUUCCUAGCCUACUUUGAAAUGGAAAGGUAAAAAAAAAAUGCCGAGGAUUCUCCAACUCUUGUCUCUAUUAGGCUGUGUUUUUGGUCCAUGGGAUGGGGUUGGUGCUUUUGAUGCAGGACGGGUCAGACUGGUCAAUGGGGAGGGCCGUUGCUCUGGGAGAGUAGAGGUGCUUCGCCACAACCAGUGGGGGACGGUGUGUGACCAUGGCUGAGACCUGAGGGGGGCUAAUGUAGUUUGCCUGGAGCUGGGCUGUGGCUUGGCUGAAACUGCUUUACACGGUGCAGCAUUCGGUUCAGGCAGUGGAGAGAUAAUAAUAAUAAUAAUAAUAAUAAUAAUCAUUACAUUUAUAGAGCGCUUUUCUAAACACCCAAAGCGCUUCACAUCUGGCUACGGCAUGUCCUUUGCUCGGGACAUGAGACCAGCCUCACAAGCUGUGCCAGUAUCCUCCUCAGGGACUCCCGUUGCACCCAUGAGAAUGAUGCAGGGGUGAAAUGCUCAGAUGUGCUGUCCCCCUGGGUCACCACCUCAGUGACUUCCAUUUAUACAAGCAUGGUGUGUCCACGCCACUGGUGAUCCAGAGAGUGGUCCAGAGCCAGACCAGAGUGGAGCUGACUCUGUCCGACCUGGAGACUUCCCACCAGGGGAGCUACAGCUGUCUGUACAGGAUCAAGGGUAAUCUACCCUCUCAACUGCUCAGCUCCCCACUCAGCAACUCCAUCAAGAUCACAGUGGUGGAGCUCCUUACUCCCCAACACUGGUACAACACGUCCAUCGAAGCCCCAGCUGGCUCCGUCAUCCGGGGCCACAGUUUCAACAUCACAUGCUCCACCCAGCAGCAGUAUCCUGGAGGUUCCUUUCAGUUGCGCCUUGUCCGCUCCAAUGGCACUGUGCGGCAGUCUUUGCCUGCCCUCACCCCCUCCGUCACCUUCACCUUCCCCAAUGCCCAGAGCUCCAAUGAGGGAUAUUACUACUGCCUGUACCGUGUCCAGCAGAGUGGACGAACCUUUGUCUCCAGGGAGAGCCAGCCCUUGCCUAUAUCCAUCAGAGAUCCAGACCCAGUAUUGAGUCCUAUGGUGAUCAGCUGGCUAGUAUCUGGCCUGACAUUCAUUGUAGCUGUUGUUAUUAUCAUCAUUGUAGCCAAGGUGCUGUGCAAAAAGAAGAAGCCUUCUGAAUUGGAGAGAGAGGCCAGAACCUGCGUGGACAACACCUAUGUUGCCUUAUCAGUUAAUAAGAUAUGAUGGGAUAUGCAGGUAACAUUGGAGAUACCUAAAGCUUUAGAGUUGAGUUACCAGUAAGAUGAUCACUGCUAACCUGACAGAUGGCUUGCCCUCAGCCUUCAUCGACUGAUGAGGUGGGAGACAUUUUAGUUCCCAAGAACCAAAUAGCUUGGUCUGUCAUCCUUCACCAUGCCUUUUGAAAGUGGCAACAGCAAAUGGCUUGAGGACAGCCAACAUGAAGCAUGACUCCAUUCUGAACCUUAACCAGGACCUAUUUUACCUGACAACACUAAACCGUUGACCUUUCAUUCCAGCUUUCUGACAAGUGUAACCUAAAAGUGGAGAAACACUGAAUAUGAUAGGUAUUUACAUACUGUUUUAUUUUGAGAUCCUAAAGCAUUAUACACUCACCGGCCACUUUAUUAGGCACACCUGUCCAACUGCUCGUUAACGCAAAUUUCUAAUCAGCCAAUCACAUGGCAGCAACUCAAUGCAUUUAGGCAUGUAGACAUGGUCAAGACGAUCUGCUGCAGUUCAAACCGAGCAUCAGAAUGGGGAAGAAAGGUGAUUUAAGUGACUUUGAACGUGGCAUGGUUGUUGGUGCCAGACGGCUGGUCUGAGUAUUUCAGAAACUGCUGAUCUACUGGGAUUUUCACGCACAACCAUCUCUAGGGUUUACAGAGAAUGGUCCGAAAAAGAGAAAAUAUCCAGUGAGCGGCAGUUCUGUGGGCGAAAAUGCCUUGUUGAUGCCAGAGGUCAGAGGAGAAUGGCCAGACUGGUUCGAGCUGAUAGAAAGGCAACAGUAACUCAAAUAACCACUCACUACAACUGAGGUAUGCAGAAGAGCAUCUCUGAACACACAACACGUCGAACCUUGAGGCAGAUGGGCUACAGCAGCAGAAGACCACACCGGGUGCCACUCCUGUCAGCUAAGAACAGGAAACUGAGGCUACAAUUCGCACAGGCUCACCAAAAUUGGACAAUAGAAGAUUGGAAAAACGUUGCCUGGUCUGAUGAGCCUCGAUUUCUGCUGCGACAUUCGGAUGGUAGGGUCAGAAUUUGGCGUCAACAACAUGAAAGCAUGGAUCCAUCCUGCCUUGUAUCAACGGUUCAGGCUGGUGGUGGUGGUGUAAUGGUGUGGGGGAUAUUUUCUUGGCAUACUUUGGGCCCCUUAGUACCAAUUGAGCAUCGUGUCAACGCCACAGCCUACCUGAGCAUUGUUGCUGACCAUGUCCAUCCCUUUAUGACCACAGUGUUCCCAUCUUCUGAUGGCUACUUCCAGCAGGAUAACACGCCAUGUCAUAAAGCUCGAAUCAUCUCAGACUGGUUUCUUGAACAUGACAAUGAGUUCACUGUACUCAAAUGGCCUCCACAGUCAUCAGAUCUCAAUCCAAUAGAGCACCUUUGGGAUGUGGUGGACCGGGAGAUUCGCAUCAUGGAUGUGCAGCCGACAAAUCUGCAGCAACUGCGUGAUGCUAUCAUGUCAAUAUGGACCAAACUCUCUGAGGAAUGUUUCCAGUACCUUGUUGAAUCUAUGCCACGAAGGAUUAAGGCAGUUCUGAAGGCAAAAGGGGGUCCAACCCGGUACUAGCAAGGUGUACCUAAUAAAGUGGCCAGUGAGUGUAUUAUGCCCUCACAGACUGAUCACGGACAAUAGAAACCAUUUCAAAGAUUGAAGUUAACAUUGGAUACGUGCCUCAAAUUCACUCAGGCUAGGCCACAACUAUAAAUCCAAAAUAAGGGAGUAUCUUAUCGGUACUAGAAGCUUGACUGUCAAACUGUGAAAUGUGGCCCUCAGGUCUUUGUGUAUGUAGGCUGUAUGUAAGUACACUAUUAGUCUGUUCAGUUUCUUUAUUUAGUAAAAGGUAACACUGUAAUGACAGGCUCUGUGAAGCCUAUUAUGUCCCUGCUUCCAAAGAUCAAUGAUCCCUAAAGGAUUAGAGGAUAUUUUGUAUUUUAAGUAGUCCAACUAUUCAUAUUGUCAUUCGCGAUGUGUGCUUUUAAAUUUUGCUGUCAUCAGUUAUAAUACUGUAGGUGUUGCCUCUAUGUAGAGGUGGUUUUAUAGUUUGGAAUUAUGAUUUUUGACUCAAGUUGACAGGUAAUGCUUUAUGUAAGUUCAAUAUGGGUAUUGCAGAUCAAAGUAGAAUUAAAUCAGAAAAGCUUUAUGCCUUUGCAGAACAGCUCCUUCCUCUAUGCAACGGCUCUCAUUAACGGCUAAACUGCAACCACACCACUGUAAUUCAAAACCACCCACUCAGGUCAAUAUCCUCCCCUUGUAUAUAUUCAUGUUAGUGUUUUUUUCAAUGCAAUAUGUGUACCUACAUGUGCAAUACUAAGGCUGUGUGUGCACCUCUAGUUCAGUUCUUUGGUCCGAACCAAAAGGUGAAAAGGUUACUUCAUUGAAAUUUGCAUAAGGUCUGCUUAGGAUUCACAUGUCUUUUUUGGAAAUGGACCAACGUCAAGCAGAUCACUAGGCUUUUGUUUUGGGGUGUGUUUCUGAAUGACGGCCUAAGUAAUCUUUCCCAAUCCAUUUUUGGAGGAAAGCUACAAUUCUCCUCACGGAGUGGUUGUUUCACAUCGAGUGGAUGCUUCUCCUCCUUCAGUAAGUAGCCCUUAGGUUCUGACAACGGUUGAAUAAGGUCUAGUUGUUGUCUGAAUCAUAUCCUCGUGCUCUUCGGGGGUAAGACCACCAGAGAAGCAUGAAGAUGAUGAAGGUAAUGAUUAGGCCUAUGUGACAGGAUUUCCCAAAAACUCCAUUGUGAAUUUUACAUCAUUUCAUGAAUUUGGUACUGGUAGUGUUAACACCACAAAGGAACCACACCUCACUUCACUUGGGAUUAGAUGGAGAGCCUUUUCAGGCAAUCUCAGUGCGGUUGUUUGGUUAACACCAGCCCAAAUGAACUGGACUAAAUGGGCAAAUGCAGUUAUUUUUACACAACCUAUAUAUGUAAAUAUUGUAUAGAAGAGACCCAGUGUAGGCAGAUUUUCCCCGAUAUGAUAGUUCUUGCUAUUUGCACUCUGUUCAAGAAGACACACGUUUUCCUUACUUGCCAAAUUUAGAUUUUUUUUUUAAGUUUCCUUUGGUACACAUAUUGAAUAUUCGUUAUUAAAUAUGCCAUGAAUUCUGUUACAUGCAGUAUUCACUUUUUUGUUUGUAUUUUACCUUGUCCUUUUGUCUUUGUUAAUAAGCCCAUUAAGAGAAAUUCCUGGUGUCUGCAAAUGUAUUUUGCUGUAAAUAAACCUGAAUUUAU